AUGGUGCGUCAUUUACUUUUUGUAAUGUAGAACAGUUACAUGUGAGUAGCCUGAAAGAGGUGGAGACUCAGAGAGUGACAGCCUGACAGACACUGGCGGUGGGAGAUGGGUGUGGGAUAAUACAAGAGAUACAGUAGUGGGACUCCCUGCACCAGAUUCCACUGGCACACAGUAGCAGCAUGCCCAAGUUAGAACACGAGCUGGAAAAUCUGACAAAGAAUCUCGGAAAAGAUGAGAAUGUUAUUGAUAAUUUAUUACAAGGUGAUACAAAGCCUCAAGAGUCAGUGAAAAAUAACCUUGAUGGAGAAGUUUAUUGGUGCAAUCAACUGACCAAUGGGAUACAUGAACAUGAAGAGAACUUUAAAAUGACCUAUGACAAAAUGACAGACUACAAGAAAAGGGCAGAUUUGGAUGAAGUCAUCAAAAAGAAGGAUUUAGAAAUCAGCUCCCUAAGUAUGAAAUUACAGCAGGAAUGUGCGAUGUGCUUGGACCUACAGAAGAACAACAAAAAGAACCUGGUUCACAUUGAGGAGCUGGAAGAGGAGCUUGAGGCAGAGAAAAGUGUAAGAGCCAAGGUGGAAAAGCAAAGGGCUGAGCUUGCUCGGGAGCUCGAUGACCUCCAUGACCGUUUCGAAGAGAUUGGAGGAUCAGCUGCUUCUCAGGUCGAGAUCAACAAAAAGCGCGAGUACGAAUUGACACGUUUACGUCAAGAACUUGAGGAAACUGUUCUUCAGUCAGAAGCCACUGUUGCAGCUCUCAGGAAGAAGCAUGCUGCCUCUCUGGUGGAAGCCACAGAACAACAUGAGAACAUGCAGAGGGUCCACCAAAAACUGGAGAAGGAAAAACAGACCAUGAGGGGGGAAACUGAUGAUCUUAUGGCACUUAAUGAAAAUCUUCAGAAAUCUAAGGCUAUCAGCGAUGCACAAAUUCGAAAACUGGAAGACUUAUUGUCGAAUGCAAAUGAUAAAAAUGAGGAUCUUCAGAAAAUAAUUACUGACCAUAAUGCCUCCAAAAGCAAGUUGUUGGUAGAAAAUAGUGAAUUAAGUCAUCAAGUAGAAGAGUUGGAGAGUCGCACGACCCAGCUGAACAGAACAAAGCUAUUGCUCACCACUCAAGCCGAGGAUCUGAAGAAGCAGCUGGAAGAGGAGAGCAAGGCAAAGAGUGUGGUGGCGGCCUCAUUGUCUAGCUUCAAGCUUGACUAUGAAUUGUUUAAGGAACAACUGGAGGAAGAGUUGGAGAGUAAAGCAGAGCUCCAGAGGCAGAUUUCUAAGAUGAACAAUGAGGUCAUACACUGGAGGACACGAUAUGAGAAUGAGGCCAUUCAACGCACCGAGGAACUAGAAGAUGCCAAGAGGAAACUAGCCAACCGUUUACUGGAAGCUGAGGAAGCUGUAGAAAUGACUCAGACCAAAUGCUCCAAUCUAGAGAAAACAAAACAGCGACUUCAGGAGGAGAUGGAAGAUAUCUGCAUGGACCUGGAGAGGACUAAUGCCGAAACAAUGGCUUUGGACAAAAGGCAACGGCUGCUUGAUAAGCAAAUUCUGGAAUGGCGUCAAAAGUACGAGGAGAUUAAUGGAGAACUAGAGGGUUCACAGAAAGAAUGUCGCCUCUACGCCACAGACCUUUUUAAAAUAAAAACUGCAUUUGAAGAGACAAAAGAGCAGCUGACUUCACUAAAGCGGGAGAACAGAGCACUUCAAGAGGAGAAUGCUGACUUGUCAGAUCAACUUCGUGAUGCUGGGAAAAAUGUUCACGAACUCCAGAAAUCAAAGAAGAAAGUGGAGAUGGAGAAAGAGGAGAUGCAAGUUGCUUAUGAAGAAGCAGAAGCCACUUUGGAGGCAGAAGAGAAUAAAGUUGUGAAACUGCAACUUGAGAUCACUCAGCUAAAGACAGACACCGACAAACACAUUCAGGAUAAAGAGGAGGAGUUUGAAGCCAUCAGAAAGAACCACCUACGUGCCAUGGAAUCGCUACAGGCUAGUUUAGACGUUGAGGUGAAAGGUCGAGUUGAAGCAAUGAAAGUGAAGAAAAAGCUGGAAAAUGAUAUCAAUGAACUGGAAAUACAACUGGAAAAUACCAAUAGGAACAGCAUGGAGUUGAUGAAACUAAUAAAACAGCAGCAACAACAAAUUAAGGAUCUACAGACACAGAUGGAGGAAGAGUCACGUCAGCAUGAUGAUACCAGAGAACAAGUUAACUUACUGGAAAGACGGAACAGUAUUAUGGCUUCAGAGCUGGAGGAGACUACAAAUGUGGUGGAGGCAUCUGAUCGUUCUCGCAAGGCUUUGGAGAUAGAGCUGAUGGAUCUAACUGAUAAAUGCAAUAAAUUAAACAAUCAGCUCCAGUCUGUCUCAGGUGCGAAGAAGAAAUUGGAGGGACAGCUGCAGCAGGUGAUGGCUGAGAGCGAAGACUACCUGAAUGAAUUUAGGAAGUCGGAGGAGAGAGUCAAGAAAGCCAUCUCAGAGAAUUCACGUCUGUCAGAGGAAUUGCAGCACAAGCAGGCUCAUACACAGCACCUGCAAAAAGUGAAGAAAGGACUGGAGAACCAGAUUCGAGAGCUAAAUGCCCAGGUGGAGGAAGCUGAACAGAUGUUGCUAAAAGAUGGAAAGAAAGUAAUGCAGAAGCUGGAGGCACGGGUCAAAGAGCUUGAAGUGGAACUGGACACUGAGCAGAAGAAGCACAUAGAGACCACAAAGACUUUGAAGAAACACGAGCGACGUCUAAAGGAGCUGAUUUUCCAAGCUGAGGAGGAUCAGAAGAUCCAGCAACGGAAUCAGGAUCUGAUUGAGCGGCUGCAGAGUAAACUGAAGACAUAUAAGAGAGCGGUGGAAGAGGCGGAAGAACAAGCCAACCUGAACCUCAAUAAGUACCGAAAAACAAUUAGUGAACUUGAUGACGCAGAAGAGAGGGCUGAAGUGGCAGAGAGUGCUCUGACUAAGAUCCGAACUAAGAACAGGGCCAGCUUUGGGAAAGGAUUCUCUUCGGGCUGCACAACCCCAGUUGCACUACACAUGUGGUCACCAAGCACGGCUGGCUCAGAGGGCCGCGCAGAGAGGCUGGAAGAUGACACAGCUUCACUCAUCCCAACUUACUUGGACUCCUUGAAAAAAUUCAUUUCUGACUGAAAAAACAUGUUAUCAUAACAUAAUUAUUUGCUGUGGUAUAAUGGGCUAGAUGCAUCAUCGCUUGGAAAGUGAUAAAAUGGAGAUAAAGUGCCAGCCAAUCAGGUCCUAACUGCCAUGUCACAGGCUGUGUUUUGAAAAAUGUCAGUUAGGAGCUGAUUGGCUGGUACUUUUUCACUCUCCAUUUUAUCACUUUCCAAGCGAUGAUGCAUCUGGCCCAAUCUCUUUUAAGAAACUGCAGAAACUUCAAUGUGUUAAGGCGCAUACAUACUAAACGUUAGUAAACGUACUAAACGUUAGUUAUAUCGGCGUCGGCGGGGAGCCGGCAGGGUGCCGGCAUCGGCAAGUGCAUACACACUUGCCGGUGCCAAUGGGGAAACAACGGGGGGAACGACAACCAUGCUGCAUCUGCAGCAUGGCUGUCGUUAACGAGGACCUCCCUCGUCUGUACAUGUUCAAACGAGGGAGGGGGUCGUUAACGAUGCGCAGGAACGCGCAUAGUUAACGAUAUUGAGUGUACACACUAGACGAGAUUGUAAAAGAUCUCGCUCAGAUUGGCCCUUCUGAGCGAUAUCUUUUACUUUCUUGUCUAGUGUGUAUGGGGCUUUAGACUUUCAUUAUAGAACAGUGAUUGGGAACCUUUGGCACUCCAGUUGUUGAAAUACACAUCCCAGCAUGCCCUGCUACAGUUUUGCUAUUUGGCCAUGCUAAAACUGUAGCAGGGCAAUCUGGGAUGUGUAGUUCAACAACAGCUGGAGUGCCAAAGGUUCCCCAUCACUGUUAUAGAACAUUUACAAUAAAUGGACCUCUUACUCUGCAAAACCACAUUCCCUCAUGUUUCUUGGUAUUAGUAUUAUUUGUCUGGAGAUGAUAUUUUGCUAACACACAUGCAGUACAUAUAUCAAACAAAUGCAUCUUUAAAUGUUUUGUUUUUUAGAAUAAAUUUCU